GUCUCUUCCGACUGUCGGCUGCAAAACCCACGGAUUCUUAACAGGAGAGGAUUUGACCUCAGUCAACACAAGUUGUAAUGGGUGCAACGGGGGUCGGUAAGGUGCUUCUAGCCCUUCUGGGAAUCGCUGUUGUCGUUACUUUAAUUGCUGUACCAACGGCUAUAUUCUUGAACGAUGACAAGAAAGAGACUGUCCAGAGAACAUAUACUCUAGAUGACUAUUUCAACAGCUCCAUCAGAACCAGAUCAUACAGUGUGCGCUGGGUUUCAGACAAAGAGUAUCUCCAUAAAACAAGGGAGGGCACAGUUUAUCUCCACAAUGUUGAGACAGGAAACAGCAGUGAAUUCCUCAGUCGCUCCAAAUUUGAUCAAGUGAGAGCAUUCGAUUAUUUAGUGUCUGCAGAUCGCAUGUUCACAUGCUUCAUGAGCAACUACACAAAGUUGUGGAGACAUUCAUUCUUGGCUUCUUACUCAAUCUACGACCAUGCAAUGUCGGGCUUUAUUAACACUGACAUACCACAUGAAGUCCAGUACCUUGCUUGGGCUCCUGUUGGGAAUAGACUGGCUUUUGUUUGGGAGAAUAACGUGUAUGUGAAGACGAGCCCAACUUCACAACGCCAGCAAGUUACCCACAACGGACAGCACAAUCAGAUCCUCAAUGGAGUCCCUGACUGGGUUUAUGAGGAGGAAAUGUUUUCCACAAACUACGCUCUGUGGUGGUCUCCUGGGGGAAGGUACAUUGCCUACGCUGAAUUUAAUGAUUCUCAGGUCCAUACCAUUGAAUACUCAUGGUAUGGUGGAGAUCAGUACCCACAGACGGUUCUAAUUCCAUAUCCAAAGCCUGGAACCCCAAACCCAACAGUUCGCCUUUUUGUUGUUGAUGCAACAAAUGUUUCCAGUAUAACAGAGGUUGUGGUUCCCAGCUCUGUUGGUGCAGGUGAACAUUACCUGAGCACAGUUACAUGGGUAACAGAUGACCGAAUUGCGGUCCAGUGGCAGAGGAGAACACAGAGCAGUGUAACGUUACAAAUCUAUGAGCGAAGUGGAAACACAUGGAGGGAGUCUUCGAAACUUGACCAAACAAGCAAGACAGGUUGGGUUGGGCGGUUUUCACCGUCGGAUCCUGUCUUUGCAAAAGAUGGCCAAAGUUUUUACCACAUCAUGAGUGAUUCAAAUGGUUUUAAACACAUUCACCAUGUCACUGAUGGCAGGGCAACACCCAUUACUACAGGGAACUGGGAGGUCAUUAGCAUUCUAAAGGUCACCCAAGAUGCUCUAUUUUAUGUGAGCAAUGAACACAACAGUCAACCUGGACAAAGAAAUGUUUACAAGGUAGCUAUACAGGGAUCCACAUAUUCCAGUCCUGUGUGUCUCACCUGUACACUCAUGGAAGAAAGAUGUAAAUAUAACUCCGCCUCAUUUAGCCACGAUGCUACAUAUUACAUCAUGGCUUGUUAUGGUCCUGGAUUACCUUUUUACUCCCUCAGAAGCCACAGCGGUGCUGACUCAGAGAUUAAAGUUUUGGAGGAAAAUGAACAUCUGGAAAACAUCUUAAAGGACUUUGCAAUGCCCUCAGUCAUUCACAAGACAAUGAAGAUUGGAGAAUUUGACCUGUGGUAUCAGAUGACUCUUCCUCCAGGAUUUGACAAAAACAAAAAAUACCCACUGCUAAUUGAUGUUUAUGCAGGGCCUUGCAGCCAGAAGUCUGAUUUUCGCUACAGGUUGAACUGGGCAACAUACCUUGCCAGCACAGAGAAGAUCAUUGUUGCCAGCUUUGAUGGCAGAGGAAGUGGUUACCAAGGAGACAAGAUAAUGCACUCAAUUUACAAACAGCUAGGGACCUAUGAAGUGGAAGAUCAGAUAACUGCUGCAAGGCAUUUCAUAGACGAGGGCUUUAUUGAUAAAGAAAGAGUUGCCAUUUGGGGUUGGUCUUAUGGAGGCUAUGUCACUUCAAUGGUUCUGGGAGCAGGAAGUGGGGUUUUCAAGUGUGGCAUGGCAGUUGCCCCGGUUUCCAAAUGGGAAUAUUAUGACACGAUUUAUACAGAGAGAUACAUGCUUCAGCCUUCUGAAAACAGAGAGUCCUAUCUUAGCUCCACUGUGACGGGAAGAGCCAAGAAUUUCGCAUCUGUUCAGUACCUGCUGGUUCAUGGCACAGCUGAUGAUAACGUGCAUUUCCAGCAGGCAGCUCAAAUCUCCAAAGCACUUGUAGAUGAGCAGGUGGACUUUGAGGCCAUGUGGUAUACUGAUGAGGACCAUGGUCUGGGAGGUUCAGCCAAUCAGCAUGUCUACACCCACAUGAGCCACUUCCUACUAAAAUGUUUUGCCUGAAAAGAGGUGCUGAGAACUGAGAUUUCUCUCUACAAACAAUAUGUUAUUUUUUGCAUUUCUUUCAGUCAUAUCAGUGUUGACUGAACAUAGAUUAUUUAUUACUGCAAAAAUUAUGAAUACCGUGUGUGGAGAGUGUCUCUGGCUUGUAAUAUAUUCUAAAAUGUGGUUGAAACUUCUGUAUAUUAAUGAACAAGUUAACUAAUUGCCUUAUUACACAAUUAUCAUUCAAAAGCAACAAAAUAAACAAAUAAAUAAACAAUGCAUGAAGAGCCAAAAACAAAUUGCUGGACAUGAUCAAACUGAAAAGCGCAUUUUCAUUGUCGUCUGUUCAUUUUAUAUUUGAUUUAUAAAACAAAGACAACUUGGAAAGCCUUCUGUGCGGUGAUUUUUUUUUAUAUCAGUUUACCUGUAUACUGAGAAAGUGAAACAUGAGCCAUUUUUUCAUUUGUCAGCUUCACUCCAUCGUAUACGCUUGACCGUAAUGGACUAUGCAAUUAUUGUAAUUUAUCAUGUAUUUGAAUUAUAUGCCUUGUUAAAGUUACAGUUUUGUUAAAUCAAGUUGG